GUUAUAAAGUUUUAAGUGUUCAGAAAUCAAUAUUUGUUGGAAUAACCCUGGUUUUUAAUCACAGUUUUCAUGCAUGUUUCUUGGCAUGUUCUCCUCCACCACUGAGCAAAGGUUUAGGCACUGUGAAUAAACAAUGUAAUGGUGGCUGGGGUGGCAGUGUGAUGCCCUCAGUGAUGUCAUAGAAUUCUAGAACAGGCAGCUCAGCAGCGUCUCCAUGGUAACCGGCAGGUUCUAAAGGGAGGUGUUUAGAACCCUGAGCCUCAGUCAGCAGAACGCCCUGAAGGGAAGUUUUCUUCAACAUGGAAGAGAAAAUAAGGCACCUCCUCAACACGAGAGUGACCACAGAUCAGAUCCGCACUUACUUCAACCAGCAGGAAUUUUUCAGUAGGUGCUCCUUCUACAUCGAAAUCAAAGGCAAGGAUUUGGAAACACAAACCACCAGGUCUGUCCCUGUCCAGAACCUCGACCCACAGAGGUUAAUGCGGGUGAAAUUUGACGCCAAGACCCAAGUGAGAGUGCAACUGGCCUAUCAGACAGAGCUCCUCAAAAAGCUCGUCAGGAGCAGGGAAGAUAUUGCAGUCAUUGCUGACAAAAUCCAUCAAGGAUACGUUGUUGGUGAAGAAGACGACAUUGACCGUAAAAUGUCAGAACUUGAGGACACUGCUGCUGAGUUUGAAAACUCCCUGUUGCUUGGUUCUGUCCACAACCGUCACAAGCUCAUCUUCGAGGCCAACGGGGUUGUAGUAGUUCCGCGGCUCACUUUGGAACUAAAACUCAAGAAGCCAGUGAUAUUUGAGAGAGGCCUCUGUGUCAUGUUAUUGAACGUCGCCUACCUACACUGGAAAAUUGAGGAGCAGGAGCAGGACGAGCCAGGCGAAGAGUUCCAGAUCCAAUACAAGGUCCAAGAUCCAGAAAUCCACGAUGCAAGCAACCGGUCGAUCAACUGUGGGCUUUACAGAGCAGCAAUUAUACCAAAUUUGGUUCCGGGCAAAUUAUAUGAAUUUACCAUCAAUAGGGUGAACUCCGGCGACCUGGUCUACAGCAAGUGGACUGAUACCAUCUGGCUUACAACCUCACCUGAUUGCUAAAGGUGGCGGUGUUUGUAACACCCAGCUGAUCAAAUGUAUUCUGUCAAUUCUGUAUAAAGUUUAACACUUGUGGCGUGAGGAGGCGGGAGAGCCGUGGGUCCGCCCCACGCCGGAGCGUACAGCCCUGUCUGUCCCAGCUGGUCCGCAUCAGGACUGAUUAAGCCGUCAGCUGGGACAGGCAUAAAAACACAGCCUCAGCUCACUCAGAAGAGGGACUUUGACUGGGGAGCUGAGAGCUGAGGCCGCACGAAAACCUUUAACAAAAAAACCUUUAGAAAAGUAACCUAAACGCAACUAGAGCCCCACUGGGAUAGCGUUAUGCUGAUUUACGUUGUUUUGGGUGUGGUGGAGGGCAUUUUUAAAGCUAAAUAAAGGUAUGUUUGAGAU